AGGAAACUUCGCCCCCUCCCCUCCCGUCCCCUCCCCGCAGCAGCGGCAGCGGCAGCGGCGGGCGAGGCAGAGAGGGAAGCGCUGCGGGAAUUCGCAUCCCGCGGCCGGCCGAGGGAGCUGGAGUGGAAACAGGUUGUUGGGAUCUGGCCGUGGGAGGAAGGGGCGGCUCUGCUCAGCCGCCAGCCGAGCCUGGGCUCUGGGAAAUGGAGACGGAGCCGCUGCCUCGCCGGCCGGCGGUGUGCUGAAGGGGAUGGACAGCGAAUUGCCGCGGGGGAGCCCGGCCCCGGAUCGCCGCUGCCCGGGAGGCCGAGCCCGUUCCCGAGCUCCUGAAGUUCCAGCGGUGCCUGGCUCAGCCCGGGGUUAACCGCGGCGAGUUCCACCCGCACCGCUCCCGGCUGCCGGGGGUCAGGCAGGUGAUUCUCUUUCUUUCCGCUCCUCUGCUCGGGCGUGAAUGCUGAACGCCAAAAAGUCAGCCUGAAAGCCCGGGAGAGCUUGGGAAAAGCCGCGGUGGAGAGUUGUGGUGUUUUGGAUAUAUUUGCCACGAAGUACUCGCGCCUCUGCUCGGGGGAUUCGCAUGGCUUGAAGGGCGGAGCUGGCAGCCGGCACUCGGACCCCCAUGGAUCCCCUCAACCUCUCGUGGUACGACGGGGACAGGAACUGGAGCAGGGCCCUGAACGCGUCGGACGCGGCGCAGAAGCCGCACUACAACUACUACGCCGUGCUGCUCACCCUCCUCAUCUUCGUCAUCGUCUUCGGCAACGUCCUGGUGUGCAUGGCGGUGUCCAGGGAGAGAGCCCUGCAGACCACCACCAACUACCUGAUCGUCAGCCUGGCCGUGGCUGACCUGCUGGUGGCCACGCUCUGCAUGCCCUGGGUGGUCUACCUGGAGGUGGUUGGGGAGUGGCGGUUCAGUCGCAUCCACUGCGAUAUCUUUGUCACCCUGGACGUCAUGAUGUGCACUGCCAGCAUCCUCAACCUCUGUGCCAUCAGCAUUGACAGGUACACGGCUGUGGCCAUGCCCAUGCUCUACAACACCCGCUACAGCUCCAAGCGCAGGGUCACCCUCAUGAUCGCCGUGGUCUGGGUGCUCUCCUUUGCCAUCUCCUGCCCGCUCCUCUUCGGCCUCAACAACACAGAUGAGAAGGAGUGCAUCAUCGGCAACCCCGCCUUCGUGGUGUACUCCUCCAUCGUGUCCUUCUACGUGCCCUUCAUCGUCACCCUGCUGGUGUACGUGCAGAUCUACAUCGUGCUGCGGCGGCGCAGGAAGCGCGUCAGCACCAAGCGCAGCAGCCACGUGCUGGACUCGGACACGCAGGCGCCCCUGAAGGACAAAUGCACUCAUCCAGAAGACGUCAAGCUCUGCACAGUUAUUGUGAAGUCCAAUGGGAGCUUCCAAGUUAAUAAGCGCAAAGUGGAGGCAGAGAGUCACAUAGAAGAGAUGGAAAUGGAGAUGGUGUCCAGUACCAGUCCCCCUGAGAAAACGGCCCUCAAACCCACAGCACCAAGUAACCACCAGUUGAUUGUGCCAGUUGCUUCUAAUCGGGGCAACAACUCUACCCUGCAGGCACCCCUGAGCAGCCCCGGGAAGGUGGAGAAGAAUGGCCACGCCAAAGAAUCCCACCACACAGCCAGGGUCUUCGAGAUCCACUCCCUGCCCAACGGCAAGACGAGGAACUUGCUCAAGGCCGUCAUCAGGAGGAAACUGUCCCAGCAGAAGGAGAAGAAAGCCACGCAGAUGCUGGCCAUCGUGCUCGGUGUUUUCAUCAUCUGCUGGCUCCCCUUCUUCAUCACUCACAUCCUGAACAUGCACUGCGACUGCAACAUCCCGCCGGCCAUGUACAGUGCCUUCACGUGGCUCGGCUAUGUCAACAGCGCUGUCAACCCGAUUAUCUACACCACCUUCAACAUCGAGUUUCGCAAGGCUUUCAUGAAGAUCCUCCACUGCUAAAAGUCACAAACAGCACCCGCAAUUUUUUUUAGGGGCGGAGGGGGAAGAGGAAGCGACGCCAUUCACGCACAGCGGGGCGGCCGGCGGGGAGGGGGCAGGAGCUCUUGAGCCGGGCACCGCCCGGUGCCCAAGCACCCCGUGGGCACGGAGCAGGGUGGGAGGGUCUCUCACCCCGCUGGGUGAAACCUGGACCAGUCCCGAGGGCGCUUUGCAGAGCCACCCUCACGCUGUGUUGGAAGCGGAAGCGCAAGGAUCGAGGCGCUCCCGCUCGGUUCUCGCCCGCGGCCGCCCGGCCUGGAGCGCGCUGGACACGGUGGCCACGGGGCCACCAGGAGGUAGCGCUGGCACAACUCUCACCAAAGACACGGCCACCCUUCCCGCUGGGCAGCAGAGCCAGACAGGGCCUCUGGAAGCUCCGUGCAAUAGCUUUGCCUUCACCUCGAGCUGACUCACCCGGCGUUUAACUGCUGAAGCCUUCGGAAAUCGAAUAAAAACCCGACCCAAAAAACUUUCAGAGGUCCCCAGGUGGGUCAAGAAGGUUCUGCCACACACAGACCCUGCAGCGGUGUGAGCCUACGAGCCAUGGGUGGAAGGGAGAAGGGGGCAUCAGUCUCAUGUCAAACCGUCGGUGUAAAUAGGAAUAAACAGAACGGAUUCUGGAGCCCAAGCCAAAAAAAAAAAAAAAAAAAAAAAAACAGAUGGAGAGAGAAACUCAAGAGAGAACCUCGUCUUGCACGGUGUCCAUCCAACAGGACCCCCUCAUCUCCCAUCAGUGAUUUCUGGCCACCAGCAUCUCGUCCCCAGGCUCUGCCCAGGGUGACCCCAGGGGCGGGUGGUGAAUGUACAGACGCCAGGACGCCGUGCCGGGGGAGGCACCCGCAGCCCCGGGGGCACCCUGAGCACACCAGACAGGACAGGGCUGGCUCCUCUCACCUAAACCGGGGGCCCCAAGGAGCACCUCGGCUCUGAUUUGCCUCUGUCUCUCCCCAGAGAGCGCAGAAUAACGUUGUGCCUAAUUUAAAUCCACAGUCAAGGAGAUAAAACUGUGCAUUUUGGAAAAAGCCAGAAUAAAAUCCCAAGAAAGCCCCUGCUUGGGCCAGCUCCUGCGUCUAAGCUGGACUCUGGAAAGGUCUGGAUGUUUCCAGCAUCCCUGACUCUCUGCUACCUAUUUUCCCAUGGGUUCUAGGGAUUGGAAGCCCACGGGAGCAUCAUUUCACCGCGCUGAAUCCGGCACUGCCGAGCCCACGCUGUACCCGCUACUUGUGCUCAGUUCACAUGACAUUCUGCAAUAUCCCUGUAAAUAAAACACAGCAAGGUGAAUAAAACGUCGUGGAAAUUGGCCUGGCUAGAGAUUCCUGCGGGAUGUGGAGCAGCAGAGGGCUGCAAUAGCCAUAAGCAGGGGCAGACUCCCAGGGUGCAGUUUCCUGCUGUUUCCUAAAGGAGGGAAUACACGAUUGGGAGAGCAAUAGAAUCCCUUUUUUUUCUCUAUGCAGUUUGUGGAAUACUCACUCAGUUUCUGCUUCAGAUGAGGUGAAGAUCUGCAAAGGUUCCCUUUAAUUCCCUGGAUUCCCUGUAUUGCUACCAGAGCGCUUUCCUGCGCUGGUAGGAUGUGUCCCAGCUCUGAUUCAGGAAGAGAUUACCCCGAGCAGCUCCAAUACAUAACCUCAGCUGUUUGCUAAAACUGAAGCGGCAGUUCCCACCGUAAUCCGCAGGUCUCUGUUCUAAACCCGCCAUUCCUGGAACGGGCUGGAAUCCAGGGGUUGUGAUAUUCAGCCCACAGCCUUGUGUAACAUUUGAACCUGGCUCUUAGUAGCUAAAAGCUGCAAAGUUGGGAAUGCCAGCGCGAGAGAUCUCAGGCACACACCAGCUGUUCUUUCUUCCCCACAGUUUUAACCAAACAAAUUCACUCGGUGAUGGCAAUCAAUCCAGACUCCUACCCCAAUAUUCACAAAAUGGUGCAAAGGCAGGAAGGUUUUGGGCAGAAAAAUAGCAACAAGCUACUGGUCUAUUUUUUAAUGUUUUUACAAGAAAGAUCCCCUUGACUUGGGGAAUUAACAGGUGGGGAGCUGAACAAAAAUAGCAGAUAUUACAUACAUAGACAAGAAAAGCUUUAAAGCAUUUGGAAGUUGCCAUAGGUGAUGUUUGCCCUGUACUAAAGCCUGGUGUGAGCCCUCAGGAUAAGUGGAAUAAUAAUAAUACCCCUGAGGAUCACGUGGAUGAUACCUUAACUUUGUGCCAUGAUUUUACUUUGUGUCCAGCGUUGACCUGAGGAAAAUCCUCAUCUCCAGCUUGUGUACCUUGCUCCCAGUUUUUUUUUCCUGAAUCUAGAAGCAGAACCUUAUAGCUCAACCCACCUGAAGAGCUCUUCCAAAAUGCCUUGGAGGGGGAAAAAAAAAGCUGCUGGAAAAGGCCUCUGCCCUUCAGGUGCACCAAAACCCCCCAGGAGGGAUUUCUCCAAUAUCCGCCGUGAGGAAUUGCCUGCAGCCCAUCCUUCAUCCCCAGGACAUUUCAAGCUGCUCCUUGCUGACGCUGCAGGCUGAACUGUGGGAACGUGAACCUCGGGAAGGGGGCAGUGCCAGGUCUGCCCCCCUCUGCAGCAGGAUUCCCCUCCCUGUGAAACUCCUGCACUUCCAGACAGCAAACCAAGCACUUUGAAACCCGGAGCUGAGCCUUCCCCUGCUGGAGACAGCGCCAGGGCUCACCCUCACCUCUGGCUUUCGCCAGAAGGAGGCAGUGCCAGGAAAGGGCAGUGUGUGCUGGGGUGGGAGCUGUUUGUAGGGACUCCUCAGAGCCCAGCAGAGUCAGCUGUGUCCCGCAGGGCUCGGGGGCCUCUCCACAGCUAAAACCUCACUGUUCCUUCCGCUCUGGGAAGUCAAAACCACCUCUGCUUCCCCAAAGACUUCUGCUGGCAGGACGUGCUGGUGAUGGGAAGGGUCCUGAGCUGGUUCUUAAAAACACCGUAAGGAGAAGAUUCCAUUUCUUUGCUCCCCGAGAACUUCAGAGCCUUGCUCUAGCCCCUCUUUUGUGAUUCCUUAUUUAUAAUUGAAGCUUUAGUUCUGCUUAUUGAGUCUUCCUGCUCCUGCUUUCCCUCCCUGUGAUUCCCAGCUUGCUGAAGCCCUGGCUGGGGCUCUCUGCACCCCCAAACAGGUUUGAAUUAAAAGCCAGUGAAUUCUGCCUGCACUGUAUUUGCUGCUUGCCUGCUUGCUCCCACUCCACAGAACUGUUUAUCUUCCUGGCUGAAGAGUAAAUUAACUCCAGUAGGUCUAACCAGCUUAUCCAAUCCCGCUGAAAUUAAAAACAAAAAAAACAAAAAACAAACAAACAAACAAAAAAGGAAAACAGGAAAAAUGAAGCCACUACCUCUUGUGGUGAAAAUCUCCAGUGCAGACACGGCUCCCUGGGGAGUCAGGAAUGUAUAAAAUGCCCAUCACAGGUACAUGUGACACCAACCAAUGUCUUCAUGCAGCACUGUAAUUAAAGAGAGGCUUGCACAAGCCACCCUGA